ACUCACCGUAUUACAGAUUACAGAAUUUCAUUAAUUAAAAAAAAAAAAAAAGAAUGAAAAAGAAAAAGAAAAUUAUCUUUCGCUCCCUCUCGUUGUGGACUUUUGAAAACUCGAAGGCUUAGACCGAAGACCAUUUCAAUGGGUCUUCUUCGUCCUUUUCUUUCUGUUUUUUUAAAUUUUGCACGACAUGUGUACUUCAUAGAGAAUCCGCGAAAAACCCAGAAAUCCUCUUAACUGCUGCGGAAUUCAUCAGAGUCCAUGGCUUUCUCUGCAUUCAAUCCGCAGUCCGCGGCAGAUAAGGCGGUUUCGAUUAUUGGGUUUGGGUACGAUCUCUGCAACGAUAUUCGUUUGCCGUCGUGUAAGCCGGGUCCUUCUGGUUCAAGAUUGAUUGAAUUUGAUCAGACCCAGACGAGGGACCUCGUGGUCCCUGGAGGGGUUGUUGUUCCCGAUGUUUCCACGUCCAUCAAGUGCGACAAAGGCGAGCGCACGAGGUUCCGCUCCGAUGUCUUUUCCUUUAACCAGAUGUCAGAGCAAUUCAACAAGGAACUAUCCUUAUCUGGUAAAAUUCCAUGUGGCCUGUUCAAUGCUAUGUUUGAUUUCAAAGGCUGCUGGCAGAAGGAUGCAACUCCUGUAAAAAGUCUUUCUUUUGAUGGUUGGUUCAUAACUCUGUAUAACAUUGAGUUGGGAAGAUCUCAUAUCACACUGUCCAAGCAUGUGAAACAAGAGGUUCCUUCUUCAUGGGACCCUUUUGCCCUUGCUGAGUUCAUUGAAAAAUACGGUACUCAUAUUGUUGUUGGGGUACAGAUGGGAGGAAAAGAUGUGGUUCACAUAAAGCAGCUACAAAAUUCAAAUCUUCAUCCCAUUGAGGUGCAGAAACAGUUAAAGCAAUUAGCUGAUGAGAGGUUUUCUGAAGAUGUAAAUGGUAAUUCUGCAUCAAAUCCUGCCGAAUUAUCAGGAAAAAGGAAGGAUGAGCACUUUCUAGGCUUGGAUCUCCGCAAAGCAUUUGCUACCUCAACUAGACCUCCCAUCAUUACUCACUCAAAGAAUGAUGAUAUAGUGAGUAUUAGUGUCCGCAGAGGAGGCAUUGAUAUUGGUCAAAGUCAUAACCAGUGGCUUUCAACUGUAUCACAGUCGCCUAAUGUCAUAUCCAUGUCCUUUGUGCCUAUAACAUCACUCUUAGGUGGCGUCCAGGGCAAUGGAUUUUUAAGCCAUGCAGUGAAUCUCUACCUUAGAUAUAAACCACCAAUUGAAGAACUCCAUCAGUUCUUGGAAUUCCAGUUGCCACGACAAUGGGCUCCAGUGUAUGGUGAUCUUCCACUCACUCUAAGGCGCAGAAAACAACCUUCCCCUUCAUUACAGUUCACUUUUUUGGGUCCCAAGCUUUAUGUGAACACAAUGAAGGUUGACUCAGGAAAUCGGCCAGUAACAGGAAUUCGUUUAUACCUGGAAGGUAAGAAGAAUGACCAUCUGGCAAUCCAUCUCCAACAUCUUUCAACUCUUCCCAAUAACCUACAACUCUUGGAUGAUCAUAGUCAUGAAUCCAUCAACGAGCCUGUAGAACGGGCAUACUUGGAACCUGUCAAGUGGAGCAUAUUUUCACACGUGUACACUGCUCCAGUACAGUACAAUGGUGCCUGUAUUGAUGAAUCUGCUUCUAUUGUGACAAAGGCCUGGUUUGAAGUUAAAACUAUUGGAAUGAAAAAGGUUUUGUUCCUUAGGCUUGGAUUUUCCAUGGUGGCAUCUGCAAGGAUCCGUAGAUCAGAAUGGGAAGGACCUUCAAACUCAUCACGAAAGUCAGGGUUCCUCUCGGUGCUGAUUAGUACAAGGUUUAGUUCUGGAUUAAAUCCACCGCAGAAGCCAGCAAAAGUGGAUUUAAAUUCAGCUAUCUAUCCUGAGGGACCGCCUAUGCCGACAAAGGCACCAAAACUGGCGAACUUUGUAGAUACCAAGGAAAUGGUACGAGGUCCGGAGGAUCCACCUGGAUAUUGGAUGGUCACCGGAGCGAAGCUGUGUGUUGAGGGUGGCAGGAUUUCAAUCAAAGUGAAGUACUCAUUAUUGACCAUAAUGUCAGAGGACUCUAUGAUGUUGAUGUAAAACUCAUAUAGAGGACCAGUGUUCUCUGGUAAAUGUUGAAUUGUACAUUGUUUACUCAAAACUUUAUUUGAAAGGAAUCAUUUGGCCAAAAGCCAUCCUGAUA